UUUUGUACAAAUUUACCGUUUUUUUCUUUACUUACAAUUAAUGUUUUUGAUAUUCUUUAUUAUUUAAAUUAUAUAUUCAUUUAAAUAGCUUGUUGAUACUUUCACUUAAUUUCAUCAUUGACAUGAUACCGAGUUUGGUUUUUAAGAACAACAUCAUUAUUAGAAUCAAAGUUUUGAUUUAUAUCAUUUGUAUAAGUAGUUAUGUGGAAGCUUCGUUGGAGCCAAAGAAUACAAUGAUAAAGUCAAAUACCAAAUCAGAAACAAAUGAAAAAAACAUUAAAGCAUCUACGAAUAUUGACCAAAAUACUCAAGUAUCUACAUUAUAUGGUACAGAGUUAAAUGACUCAAAUAUAAAUUCAACAGAAAGUGACGAAGUUAAAUUGAUUAGAGAAAUAUUUAGGAAGAGAGGUUAUAAUAAAGAAGUCAGACCUGUUGUAAAAAAAGAAGAUGUUGUACAAGUUGUGUUUGAUUUAGCCUAUACACAGUUACUUGAUCUGGAUGAAAAAAACCAAGUGCUUGUUAGUAAUGUUUGGGUUCGGAUGAGAUGGUACAACGAGCUAUUAAAGUGGAAUAAGGACGAUUUUGGUGGUUUGGAGUCAAUAAAUAUUGAUUCAUCAAAAAUAUGGAUACCAGAUAUUGUUCUUCAAAACAACGCAGAAGAAGCUCUUGGUGCUGGUCAACUUGAUUUGUUUAAUACAAAAGUAAUUUUAAACUACAAUGGAGAAAACCAGUUUUAUGCUCCGGCUAUACUUCGGAGUCGUUGCGAAAUUAACGUGGAAUACUUUCCUUUUGACGAUCAAAAAUGUCAGCUCUCAUUUUUAAGUUUAAGCUAUGACAAAAUGAGGCUUAACAUAAAAAACAAAACCAGUCAGGCUGAUAGAAUAUUUUACCUAGAAAGUGCAGAGUUUGAAUUGCUAAGCACAAAAGCUGAAAACAAAGAAUACUAUCACGGAGACUAUUGUGUGCCAUAUAUGAACGUUGUAUAUACAAUUCAUAUUCGACGAAAAACCUUAUUUUAUUUCAACAACUUAAUUGGUCCGUGUUUUCUCAUUACUAUGUUGUGUUUAUUUACAUUUCUUUUGCCUCCUGAAACUGGUGAACGCAUUACUUUAGUUAUAACUACUCUACUUGCUAUGACGGUUUUUAUGCUGACCAUUGCAGAAAAGACACCAAUAGCAUCAAAAGCAACUCCUUUAGUUACAAAAUUCUUUUUUUCGUCAAUGGUAAUUAUUGGUCUAUCUCUCAUAGCAACCUGUAUAGUAUUAAAUUUGUAUGAAAAUAGAAAUUCACGGAGCACUGCCCCUCGAAUAUUGAGAGUAAUUUUAUUUGAAUACGUAGCUCCCUUUUUAUAUGUGAAUUUUAAUAAAGAUUUAUUACGAUCCAAUAACAUUUUGUAUCAGGUAAAGCAAGGUAAUAUGAAAACUCAAAACGGACACUUAAGUAAACCAUUUUUAUCAAAUAGAGCACAGACAUGGUGUACAAUUCCGCAAAGUCAAAAUCACAUUUUGAGUGUGCCAAAAUGCAUUAUAAAUGGAAUAAAAGUACUUGCUGAUCGAGCUAAAAAACGCAACGAAGAAGAGUUUAAAAGUGAGGAAUGGGUUACAAUUGCAAAGAUUUUUGAUCGAUUGUUUUUUAUAGUUUUUCUUUUCACUAUUGUAUUAUCAGGAGUGUUUAUUUAUUCAAAUCGAUCCUGAUUUAACAUUUUUCAUAUCUGAUUAACAUUUGGUCAACUCAUGAUAAAAUUUAUCAUAUUACUUACAAACUUAUAACAAUGAAGAAGUAGUAAGAGUAUUAGUAAAGUUUGCUGUGAAGACUCACUCUAGCUUUUUUCUAUAUUAUAUAUUAAAUAAAGUUUAUAAAAUGUAAAUUCACGGAGCACUGCCCCUCGAAUAUUGAGAGUAAUUUUAUUUGAAUACGUAGCUCCCUUUUUAUAUGUGAAUAUAAUUUGUUUAAUAUAUAAUGUUGCGUAUAACAUAGCAUAAAUUAUAUUUUGUAACUUAAUAAAAAACUUUAUUUUCUCAUUUUUUUUGUUUUAACUGUAUAUUUUGAUAAUAUGACGUGACUAUAAAAGUCUAUCUGUGACACCAUUGCCUAUAUUU